UCCGCCCCCUAAUCAAUAACAGCGGUAAGGAUGUACUGGAUGUGGCCGGAUCAUCAGAUCCUCCUCCUCCUCCACGGCGGGGCAGCAGGAAGCUCAGGCUCCGAGAACAGCCACGACAGAAGAUGGAGAAGCGGGACGCUCGCCUGCUGGCUGGGCUGCUGUUUCUGGCUGCAUGGUUUCACCUGGAGGCUGCAGCAGACGUGCUGAAGGUCGAUGUCGCCCAGGAUGGAGGAAGCAGUGGCGACACCAUCAGCCACUCCCUGACUGUGGUGCAGCGUCUGGAAGCUCUGCUGGUUCAGGGCAAUGGAAGCGACGUGUCUCUGCGGGUGGAGACCCCCAAAGCAGACGAGGUGAAGGUGUUCCAGGCUCACUCCCUGGUGCUCUCCCUGCAGAGCGCCGUGUUCGAGGAGAUGCUGCUGGGCCGCAACAGCAGCACGCUGGUGCUGAGAGAGGGCUCUGACUGUGCUGCUGUGUUUGACAAGUUCAUCAGAUAUCUGUACUGUGGAGAGAUCUCCUUGCAUCCAGACCAGGCCACCGCUCUGCACAAACUGGCCACUAAAUACCAGGUGUUGAGUCUCCAACAGGGAGUGACCCACUACAUGACCCAGAAUCUGGCCAGAGAGUCCCGGUCGGGUCACGUGGCGAGCUGGUACGAGUAUGCCUUGAAAGCAGAAGACGUGACGCUGAGGGACAGCUGCCUGCAGUACUUGGCCUGGAACCUGUCGUCGGUGCUGCAGAGCGGUGAGUGGCUGACCAUCAGCAGCCAGCUGCUCAUGACCCUCCUGCAGCGCUCCGACCUCAUCCUGCAGAGCGAGAUGGAGCUUUUCGCCGGGCUGGAAGCCUGGAUUCUUCAGAACGAGCCGGAUGGGCUGAUGGCAGAAAACGCUUUGAGGGCUGUGCGUUACGCCAUGAUGCCACCAAGAGAGCUCUUCCGCCUGCAGACCCAAUCCACAGUUCUGGCUCGCUAUCAGGAGUCGGUGCGAGACCUUCUCUACAUGUCCUACCAGUUUCAUUCAGCUUCACCACUGCAAAUGGCCAAAUACUUCGAUGUGAACUGCAGCCUCUUCGUGCCCAGGAACUACCUCUCUCCUGUGUGGGGGGCGCCCUGGGCCAUCAACAACCCGACACGGGAUGACCGCAGCACCAGCUUCCAGACCCAGCUGGGACCCAGCAGCCACGAUGCCAACAAGCGGGUGACGUGGAACGCCUUGUUCUCGCCCCGCUGGUUACCCCUCAGCAUGAGGUCCAUGUACUCGGAAACGGGGGCCAUGCAGCCAGCGCGGGUGGAAGGUGGUCGUCCUCGCAUCAUCAUCACUCCAGCCACGUCCAGUGCCGACUUUGCUGGCGUGAACUUCCAAAAGACGGUGCUGGUGAUGGCCCAGCAGCAGGGAAGGCUGGUGGUGAAGCACGUGUACAAUUUCCACCAGAGCACAGAAGAAAACGGAGAUUUCCUGGCUGAAGCCGACCUGUACCGCCGGACAUCCGAAUAUCUCGUUGACAGCUCUCUCCUACUCCACAUUGUGGUGAAACCUCUGUACCAAACCCUCAUAACCACAAAGAACUAGACUCCCCACUCAGAGGCAGACCGCUCAGGUCCCGUUCUGGGAUCUGAACGCGAUUGGUUGCAUAAAGCGCUUGUUUAUCAUGUCCUUGAGGGACACUGUGAUGACAUUUGUCUCAAAAAUACUUUCUUGAUUUUCUCACUGACACAAAACCAAACAACUACUUCCCAAUGCAUGACACUGAGAUUUCAAACGUGGAACAGAAAGGAACUCUCCUCCAGUCCCUGUUUUCCUCUCAAGGAUUUACCACUUAUUUACAUGUCUUUAAUCCCGAUGUUUAAUUAACAAUCCUGAUGUUUUAAUUCAAUCAAAAUUAACAAUGUAAGACUUUUAAAUUCAUGCCAGGAAAUUUUUGUCAGUGAGAAAAGCCAAGAAUAUUUUCAGAGGAAGGCUUGUUGCUGAAGGCCGAGUCACAGAGCUGCUUCGAACAUUUAGCACAUAUGUCACGGAUGGAAAUGGGUCGAACAUACGUGGAGAAAAGUUGUGGUCUUUGCAUGAAAUUUUCACAGAUGUAUCAGGAAUGAACCACAUUAAAACCACAGAAGUAUGAAUAAAACAUGCAAAGAACACGUAAACCAAUGUAGAACAUGAACCGUGUGAUUAUUGUGAUGUUUAUAUACAAUAAAUUAGUGAUUCCUGCGUCAAUUACGUAAUCUGAACGUGAUUUGUGCGCCGUAUACGUGAUCUAAAAGUUAUACAUCGAUGGUUCAUGCAGGAAAAGUCUGUUAAACGUCAAACGUAGAACUGUCGUGGAAAGACACACAUUUGUGUUUGUAUCUCACAAAAAAAUCACACACAAUUACAUGAGAUUUACGUAAAAAUUGCGUCUAAACGAUGUAAAAUACGGCAUCAUUCUCAACUGACCAAAAUCUUUUAAAAGCUUGAAACUGAAUUCACGUAAAGACCAAAACCCUCAACAGACAUCUGCGCACAUCAACGAAUGAGGAACACAGGAAACACGUAUGACUGAUGUAGAUCACAUGGAUCACGAAAGACUGAAAUUUAAUAUGUGGAAAAUGUGCAAAAUGUUCAAAGUAGCUGCGUGACACGGCCUUAACGUGUCGUCUGUCUUUUCUAGAAUAUGGUGCUACUGAAAAACCUUUUUAACAUGAAGGUUCACAUCUGUUGGUCCAGUGUUGGAUGGUUGUCGUUCAAACAAGCCAACAGAAUCUUUUAGAUUUCAAUCUAAAAGGAAAAACCCAUUUUGAUCAGGAAGGGAUUUCAUCAUUAAAUUCUCAUCACCAGCAGUACUUUUAUUACCUUCUUCACAUAAAUCUCAAUGUCAUAAAACAUAAUCUCACACAUGUUUGUAGUUUGUGAAACACACUGGUUCAUUUUUUCAUUUGUGGUUUUCUUCGGUAGAUGUUUUUAGAUUUUGCCUGAAAAUAAAUGUUUUGGCUGUUUUGUGUGGUUUGAUGUAAUUAGUUUUCUUUCCUUUCAUUGUGAUUAAUUGUUAAAACUUACACAAUAACAAAAUGAAUAAAUAAAAUUGAAUUUUUUAAAGC